AUGGAUGCCCAUACCGGAUUUUCCAUCGCGUUGAACAGUCAGGGCUCAAUUGAUAUCAACGUGGGAACUGGGUCCAGAAUCAAGGUUCUCAGUACUGGACUUAGUCUCCAACAAAAGACGUGGUCGAAAAUAAAAGUCAUAUUCAACGGUCCUUUGGUCAAAUUGAAUUUGACGCCUAAAUCGUUUAGAGUCGAACCAGUCUACCCUGCGUCGGCGUUUGAAUCGCAAUUAGAUGGCGAGUCGCUGGUUUACGGACGAGGGCCGCUUCACAUUGCCGCAACCCAGCAGCGUGUUGCUGACAACACCCAAUCUGGGCUGAGAUUGCAUGCUACAGACUUCUUCAACGGCCGCAUCGAUAGUUUAACCCUCAAGACUUGCGACAAACAACCUUUGAUCCUCGCUAAAUAUGACUUUUCCUUGGGGAUGUCGGGCGACCGGAUCCUGGACAUUUCUGGGCGCGGGUACCAUGGUGUCUUGGUUAAUGCGCCAACUCGUGCUGUCAAAGGUCAUGACUGGGACGGAUCUGAGUGUGACUGGACGCGAGCCCGGUUCGGCUAUGGUGCGAUUCAUUUCCAUGACGACGACCCAGAUGAUGCAAAUUGGGAGACGGACUUUAUCAUUACAAUCCCUCCCAAUUCUCGUUCUGGUGCUUAUGCGGUCGAGGUGGAGACAAGCAAUGGCCAAGACACGGAUUCAAUCACCUUCUUUGUUCGACCAACCCGCUGGACAUUGGACAACUCUAACAAGGUCUGUCUUGUCUUCUCUACAUUUACGUACCUUGCAUAUGCCAAUGAACGCCUAUACGAUACAACCCGCCAGAAUACCGCAGAUCUUGGGCCUGGCUUCGACAUUAACAAAGCCCUGAAAAGUCCCGAGUUUUACAAAAUGCGUCGCCGAGUUGAUCUUGGUCUGUCUUGUUAUGACCGCCACAACGAUGGUUCGGGCGUUUGUUACUCUUCAUCGAAACGCCCCAUUUUGAAUGAGGGCAUCCCGUACGAGACUCUGACUGAUCAUGACUUGCACGCUCGUGGAGCUAGCGCUCUGCAAGGCUUCAGUACUGUCAUCACGGGCUGUCAUCCUGAGUACCCUAGCCUCGAAUCUUUCCGUGCCUAUGACGCUUUUGCCAAAAGAGGAGGCAACCUCAUGUACAUGGGGGGCAAUGGCUUUUAUUGGGUAAGUGGACACGACAUUAAUCGACCACAUCGGUUAGAAGUACGUCGCGGAGACACUGGGGUGCGUCCAUAUAGUCUCCCCAGUGGAGAGCACAUCAACAGCCUCGACGGCCAACGAGGUGGUUUAUGGAGAUCUCGAGGAAUGAGUUGCAACACGUUAUUUGGGGUAGGUUUCUGCGCCCAGGGUACCGGUCUUGGGGUGCCGUAUAGGCGGACUGAGGCAUCUCGAGAUCCUGAACUAUCCUGGAUGUUUACAGGGGUAGAAGGAGACUUGAUUGGUGAAUUUGGGUUUGGAGGUGGCGCGUCAGGCGAUGAGAUUGAUCGUUUCGACGUAGGGAACGGCUUUCCUGAGGGGGCCUUGGUACUAGCCACGAGUACUGGCCAUAGUGAUGACUUUGGCAUUGCCAUUGAGGACCUGAGUUAUCCUGCACUAAACACGCUUGGGACUCAAACGGACUUGAUUCGCAGCGACGUGGUGUAUUAUGUUGGUUCUGGCGGUGGUGGAGUGUUUAGUGUAGGUAGUAUUGAUUGGCACUGCUCUUUGGCAUGGGGUGGUUAUAAUAAUAAUGUUGCUAGGUUAACUAGUAGUGUUAUUCAAGGAUUUUUAGCUGGAAAGCAAAAGGAAUAAGUUGGAAUAUAUAUCAUUAAAAAUCAC